AUGGAGCAGCGUCGGGGCAGUGUCGGGGGCACCCUACCUGAGUCAGUUGUGUGCUCGUCUUCCUGACUCGUUGUUGUUAUGAAAGUCUCUGGCAGUAGAGGAUACAUUCUGAGUUGUUGUGAGUUAACUAACUAUCUAUUAUUGGGAUCUCUCAGCCUCAUCUCUUUAUGUGGUAUAAUAAGAAGCAGUUUACUGAAGCUGUAUUGUAAAUCAAGAACCAUGUCACUUGCAGCAUUAAUACUUAUUUCUCCCAUGUGAUUUUCAACCAUACUGUAUACUGGUUCAGGGUUGCUUCCUAUAGCUACAUUGUUAUCAACAACAUGGGCAUCAUGAUGUACAGCAGAGGAACUUUAGCUCAUCAGUAGUACAUUUUACGAUGUGCCAAUCUCCAGCUCAACCAAUCCCUGGGCUUGUGAGAGGGGGAGUUUCUUCUCAGGGUCAUUCACCCCUAUCAGGUGUCCCUGAGGACAGCCACCCUGGUGACCUUACACAUAUCUCUUGACCUCGCACAUCCCAGACAGGAGGGACAUCACUUCCAAAUAGUUGUUCUGUUAGUCUGGGUUGCCAGAUUUAUGGCGCUCCAGAUACAGUGGGUGUGGGAAGAGAGAUUAUGUUUUUGUAUCAGUAUUCUUGUUACCAUUUUUAAGGCUGCUGCUAAUUUAGUUUGUGUCAGUUUUAGUAACAUUCUCUGUUGUUCUGUCUCUAGCUACUCUCCUCCACUUCUCCUCCUGGUGAAAGACAGCCACUUGAUGUAUUUUUUUUUUGUCUAGGCCUAAAUUGUGUUGCACAUUGUCAGUAUCUUCCAGCAUGUAUCUCUCAGGUUGCUGUUAGGUCUUCGGCCUCUCAUGAACACAAAGCAAAUGCUUGCCAAUGAGUGUGGUCUGUGAUUUGUAUAUAGAUGAUUAUGCUGCUGUUAACUGACGAGUACAAGAUGGCGCUGACAGACAUGGUCUUCUAUUCCUAGCUACCAGACAACUUUGCAGUAUUUAGUUUUUGUUGUUGUGUUAUUAUUUCUUAUAUUACUUGUUCAGAACAUUUCUUGCAUUAUUACCUACAGCUGAAAAUAACUUUUGGAUAUUAGAUCGGCGGUCCCUCACCAGCAUUUCGACCAGCAAUUCGACUUUCCUUAGUUGGAUCCUUUGUUCGUACCCCCAGAGGCAUUUCCACUGCUCCCAGGGGCUGCUCCAAGAUGCCGCUGACGAGAAGAGGAAUACAGAGUCGUUUAGUACGACUCAGAAGGGUGCAUACCAUCCACCACUUCCGAGUAUAUUACUCUUAAAUGUUCAGUCCCUGGACAAUAAAGUAGACAAGCUCAUGUGGAGGAUCUCCUUCCAGAGAGACAUCAGGGACUGUAACAUACUCUGUUUCACGGAAUCAUGGCUCUCUCCAGAUAUAUUGUUCCCGUCCGUACAGCCAGCGGGGUUCUCCGUACAUCGCACGGACAAGAAGAAAGAAAGGCGGAGGUGUAUGUUUCAUGAUUAACUACUCAUGGUGUGAUUGUGGUAACGUACAGGAACUCAAGUCCUUUCGUUCUCCCGAUAUGGAAUACCUCACUAUCAAAUGUCGACCGCAUUACCUCCCAAGAUAAUUCUCUUCGGCCAUCAUCACGGCCGUGUAUAUUCCCCCUCAAACUGACAGCAUGACGGCUCUCGAGGAACUACACUGGACUUUGUACAAACUGGAAACCACAUAUACUGAGUCCGCAUUUAUUGUAGCUGGGGACUUUAAUAAAGCAAAUCGGAGAAAAACGCUACCAAAGUUUUAUAAACACAUUGCCUGUGCUACUUGGUCAUCAAGAAUUCUUGACCAUUGCUACUCCCCCUUCCAGGACGGCUACAAGGCCCUCCCCCACCCUCCCUUCUACAAAUCAGAUCAUGCCUCCAUUCUGCUCCUCCCUUCCUAGAAACUGAAACAGGAAGUACCCAUGGUAAGGACUGUUUAACAUUGGUCUGACCAAUCAGAAUCUAUGCUUCAAGAUUGUUUUGAUCACGCGGACUGGGAUAUAUUCUGGGUUGUCUCUAAAAAAAAAACUGAUGUAUACACUGACUCAGUGACUGAAUUAAUCAGGAAGUGUAUAGAGGAUGUUUCCCACUGUGACGAUUAGAACUUAUCCAAACCAAAAACCGUGGAUAGAAGGCAGCAUUCACGCAAAUUUGAACGCGCGAACCACCUCAUUUAACCACGGCAAGGAGACUGGGAACAUGGAUGAGUAAAACAGUCCAGCUAUGCCCUCUGUAAGGCAAUCAAACAGGCAAAACAACAGUACAGAGACAAAGUGGAGUCGCAAUUCAACGGCUCAGACACUGAGACGUAUGUGGCAGGGACCUCAGACAAUCAUGGAUUAUAAAGGGAAAACCAGCCACGUUGCGUACACCGACGCCUUGCUCACGGACUAAACACCUUCUUCGCCCACUUGGAGGAAAACGUAUGGCCGCCACCGUGUGAACGACGUGAGUAACACAUUUAAGUGUGUUAACCCUCGCAAGCCUGCCGGCCCAGACGGCAUCUCUAGCUGCUUUCUCAGAGCAUGUGCAGACCAGCUGGCUGGAGUGUUUACAGACAUAUUCAAUCUCUCCCUAUCCCAGUCUGCUGUCCCCACUUGCUUCAAGAUGUCCACCAUUGUUCCUGUACCCAAGAAAGCGAAGGUAACUGAACUAAAUGACUAUCGCCCCGUAGCACUCACUUCUGUCAUCAUGAAGUGCUUUGAGAGGCUAGUUACCUUAUCCGACUCCCUAGACCCACUACAAUUUGCAUACUGCCCGAACAGAUCCACUGAUGACGCAAUUGCACUGCACACUACCCUAUCCCAUCUGGACAAUAGGAAUACCUAUGUAAGAAUGCUGUUCAUCGACUACCGCUCUGUCUUCAAUAAUAAUAAUAAUAAUAAUAAUAAUAAUAAUAAUAUGCCAUUUAGCAGACGCUUUUAUCCAAAGCGACUUACAGUCAUGCGUGCAUACAUUUUUGUGUAUGGGUGGUCCCGGGGAUCGAACCCACUACCUUGGCGUUACAAGCGCCGUGCUCUACCAGUUGAGCUACAGCACCAUAGUGCCUUCCAAGCUCAUCACUAAGUUUGGGUUCCUGGGUCUGAACCCCACCCUAUGCAACUGGGCCUGGAAUUCCAGAUGUGCCCCCAGAUGGUGAAGGUAGGCAACAACACCUCCGCUACGCUGAUCCUCAACACAGGGGGCCCCACAAGGCUGCGUGCUCAGCCCCCUCCUGUACUCUCUGUUCACCCGUGACUGCGUGGCCACACAUGUCUCCAACUCAAUCAAGUUUGCAGACAACACAACAGUAGUAAGUCUGAUUACCAACAAUGACAAGACAGCCUACAGGGAGGAGGUGAGGGCCCUGGCGGAGUGGUGCCAGGAAAAUAACCUCUCCCUCAACGUAAACUAAAUGAAGGAGGUGAUCGUGGACUUCAGGAGACAGCAGAGGGAGCACGCCCCAUCCACAUCGACGGGGCUGCAGUGGAGAGGGUGAAAAGCUUUGUUCCUUGGCGUGCACAUCACUGACAAUCUGAAAUGGUCCACCCACACAGACCGCCUCUUCAACCUCAGGAGGCAGAAGAAAUUCGGCUUGGACUCAAAGAACCUCACAAACUUCUACAGAUGCACCAUUGACAGCAUCCUGUCAGGCUGUAUCACAGCCUGGCAUGGCAACUGCACCGUCUGCAACCGCAGGGCUCUCCAGAGGGUGGUGCGGUCAGCCCAACGCAUCAUCGGGGCACACUGCCUGCCCUCCAGGGCAUCUACAGCACCCGGUGACACAGGAAGGCCAAGAAGAUCAUCAAGGACCUCAGCCACCCAAGCUACGGCCUGUUCACCCCGCUACCAUCUAGAAGGUGGAGACAGUACAGGUGCAUCAAAGCUGGAAAACAGCUUCUAUCACCAGGCCAUCAGACUGUUAAAUAGUCACCACUAGCUGGCCUCCGCCCAGUACGCUGCCCUGAACCUUAGUCACUGUUACUAGCCGGCUACCACCCGGUACUCUACCCUGCACCUUAAAGACUGCUGCCCUAUGUACAUAGUCAUUGAACACUGGUCACUUUUUAAUAAUGUUUACAUACUGUUUCACUCACUUUAUAUGUAUAUACUGUAUUCUAUUCAAGGCUCAUCCUAUAUAACUAUUGUAUUGUUAGACAUAAAUGCGCUGUUGGAGCUAAGAACCUAAGUAUUUCGCUACACCGCGAUAACAUCUGCCAAAUAUGUGUACGCAACCAAUAAAAUGUAAUAUGUGUAUAUACUGUAUUCUAGUCAAGGAUCAUCCUAUAUAACUACUGUUGUACACACCUUCUCUAUUCACAUACUGUCCAUACACACCAUCAUAAACAUAUAUUUAUAUUCUGGACAUUGCUCGUUCUAAUAUUUCUUAAUUUCUUUCUAUACAUUUUCGGAUUUGCUUGUAUUGUUAGGUAUUCCUGCACUGUAUUUCGCUACACCUGUAACAUCUUGCAAAUACCAAUAACAUGAAUCUCUCUGCUCCUCCUUUAGGUUGCAUUGACCCUGCUAGUACUAGCCAAGUAGCCUAGCAUCGAGGUGGAGGCUGGGCCACAGUGGUCAGUAACCCAACUAGGAGGCUCAGCUCCAGGCCAGCGGAGGGAGGGGGCCUGGUCCUGGAAUGACCUGGUGAGCUGUGGCACCUAGCAGCGGAGGGAGGUUUGUGAUGAGCGGGAAGAGCCUGCUGUUAAAGGUGAUCCUGCUGGGGGAUGGUGGCGUGGGGAAGUCUUCCUUAAUGAACCGCUACGUCACAGACCGCUUCGACUCCCAGUCCUUCCACACCAUCGGGGUCGAGUUCCUCAACAGAGACCUGGAGGUCAGAUUUAUAGCUGUUUCUGAAUUAGUAUGUUCUUGAUUCUUCGCAUUAUAUCUCCUUGCCGCCUUCUCAAACUGCAAAAUGAGGGGAGGGACCUUGGACCUUCUCCUCCAAUAAGAUUAAGAAGGAGGCGAGGAGAUAGAGCCAAGGUCUGUCUGAAAUUGAAUAAUAAUUAUUGUGUGUCCCUUUCUGGAAAUGUGUCUUGCAUCUCAACAAACCACAGCAUUACCACAUAAGUGCAUAAAUACAUAAGUACCGUAUUUUCCGCACUAUAAGGCGCACCGGAGUAUAAGCCGCAGCAGCUAAAUUGAAUGAUGUGUACAUAUAUAAGCCGCACUGGACUAUAAGCCGCAGGUGUUUUAAUGUUUAAUUACCAUAUGUAAGGGUUCGUGCACAGAGGGGAUUGUCGGGAAAGAGAUGGCUGCUUGAGGAAGCUCCCAUUUAUUAACAUUUCAACAAACAAGUUGCAUAUUUGCAUAACGUAUUCAAGUGUUACCAUUUAGUGCAAUAGUAGCUACAGAACAUAUACUGUGCUGUGUAAACUGUACUGUAUCACAUAGCGUUUCAGACACACAAACUUUUCAACUUUCAAACUUAAACGGUGCGCUCCCAGCGCACAUACCGGCAGUGAUCUACAGCAGUGGUUUUCAACCAGUGGUCCUUGAGGGAGUGCUAGGGGUUCCCCAGCUAAAUUAGUUAAUAGCGUCACAAUCAUUUAACCACUUAACUUUGGUUAUUUUUGAAAAACCUUGAAAAAGUGUGCACAUCUUUGAAUAUUUAUCUACAUUAUAGCCUAUAGUAGUACCAUAACAAAAAACAAAGCUUACAGCGCUUGACGAGGCAAUAUCAAUGGCUAAAUUAAAUGUGUUUUUUUGAAAGUGCAAAAUAAAGUGCCUGUAACACGACAGUAAGCGCGUAAGCCUAAAGUUGCAGCAAAACGGCUGCUUAAAAUAUACGGUAAUCAGCCUACCAGAAAAGUCAUUAAUCCUCGUCUUCAUCUUUUAGGCUAAGGUGCAGUACACGGCUGUAACCAGAAAAGUCAAGUCAUUAAUCCUCAUCUCCGUCUUCUUCCUGCGUACUAAAACCACCAAAGUCCUCAUCUUCAGUGUCGGAAACGAACAGGCUCAGGGUGGCUUCGUCAGCCACUCUCCUCUCUCCUUCGUUGUCGCUCUCAAAACCAACGAACUCCUCUUCGUCACUGUCGGAAUCGAACAGCCUCUGAAGGGCCUCAGCUGUGGCGGCGUCCUCCUCUUCAUCACGCAGCAGUCCAGCCUUUCGGAACCCGUUAAUGAUCGUGGAUGUUUUGACAGCCAGAUUGACUGCCUUUAACUUAAAAGCUGCAUCAUAUGCAUUUCUACGUUUGUUUUCCAUAAUGAGGGUUUGUGCAUGAAAACUUCCUUUGCACAAACUGUCUCGCUCUCGUAAUGUCUGUCUGUCUUGCUCUCGUUCUGUCUCUCGUUCUGUCUCUCGUACCACUCUCGGUUCCACUUUUACUUUUGCGCGCUACCUGUCUCACUCUUUUCCGGCCUCCAGCUUUUACUGCUGGAGCCCGCCGCUUAAAGGUGGGGGGCGCGGAUCGGUCAUAGAGCCCAUAGAGUUAAAGUUGGUGGACUGUAACCUGUAAAAUCCAUAGAUUUAGGAGGUCUUCUAGUGGCCUGGAAUAUCUACAGAGGCCCAUUAUCAGCAACCAUCAGUCCUGUGUUCCAAUGGCACGUUGUGUUUGCUAAUCCAAGUUUAUCAUUUUAAAAGGCUAAUUGAUCAUUAGAAAACCCUUUUGCAAUUAUGCUAGCACAGCUGAAAACUGUUGUGGUGAUUAAAGAAGCAAUAAAACUGGCCUUCUUGAGACUAGUUGACUAUCUGGAGCAUCAGCAAUUGUGGGUUCGAUUACAGGCUCAAAAUGGCCAGAAACAAAUAACUAAUACAUUAGUGUGUCUAGUUUGUGAAACAGACGCCUCACAGGUCCUAAGGCAGCUUCAUUAAAUAGUACCCGCAAAACACCAGUCUCAACGUCAACAGUGAAGAGGCGACUCUGGGAUGCUGACCUUCUAGGCAGAGUUGCAAAGAAAAAGCCAUAUUUCAGACUGGCCAAUAAAGAGAAAAGAUUAAGAUGGGCAGUCUGAGAUAUGGCUUUUUCUUUGCAACUCUGCCUAGAAGGUCAGCAUUCCGGAGUCGCCUCUUCACUGUUGACGUUGAGACUGGUGUUUUGCGGGUACUAUUUAAUGAAGCUGCCAGUUGAGGACCUGUGAGGCGUCUGUUUCACAAACUAGACACACUAAUGUAUUUGUCCUCUUGCUCAGUUGUGCACCGGGGCCUCCCACUCCUCUUUCUAUUCUGGUUAGAGCCAGUUUGCGCUGUUCUGUGAAGGGAGCAGUACACAGCGUUGUACGAGAUCUUCAGUUUCUUGGCAAUUUCUCGUAUGGAAUAGCCUUCAUUUCUCAGAAGAAGAAUAGACUGACGAGUUUCAGAAGAAAGUUUUGUUUCUGGCCAUUUUGAGCCUGUAAUCGAACCCACAAUUGCUGAUGCUCCAGAUACUCAACUAGUCUCAAGAAGGCCAGUUUUAUUGCUUCUUUAAUCAGCACAACAGUUUUCAGCUGUGUUAACAUAAUUGCAAAAGGGUUUUCUAAUGAUCAAUUAGCCUUUUAAAAUUAUACACUUGGAUUAGCAAACACAACGUGCCAUUGGAACACAGGACUGACGGUUGCUGAUAAUGGGCCUCUGUACGCCUACGUAGAUAUUCCAUUAAAAAUCAGCCGUUUACAGCUACAAUAGCCAUUUACAACAUAAACAAUGUCUACACUGUAUUUCUGAUCCAUUUGAUGUUAUUUUAAUGGACAAAACAUUUGCUUUUCAUUCAAAAACAAGGACAUUUCUAAGUGACCCCAAACUUUUGAACGGUAGUGUACAUUAAUCACAAGCAAUAACUACAGCAGACAACAUCGAUACAGUUCGUCAAUUUAAAUUGAGCAGUUAUUUGUUCAAUUGAUUUAUACUUAUUGUACCUAUUCUCUAUAUAGUCUAGUGCAGUGGACUACAAAAUGUUUUACUGUAUGCUGUACUACUGCCAUUGAUUCUUCCUGUCUACUGUUUUAUAUCUUGAUUAUUUACAAAUGUCAUUGUCUUUGGGGGCAAUAAAGGUUUCUCUUCGGUACAAUUAAAGUUUUCAUUCACUUCCUCCCUCCAGGUGGACGGGCGCCUGGUGACCCUUCAGAUCUGGGACACGGCAGGUCAGGAGCGCUUCAAGUCCCUGAGGACGCCAUUCUACCGUGGUGCCGACUGCUGCCUCCUCACCUUCGCUGUAGACGACCUGCAAAGCUUCCAGAACCUGGCCGCCUGGAAGAAGGAGUUCAUGUUUUACUCUGACGUACGAGACCCAGAGAGGUUCCCCUUCGUUGUCCUGGGCAACAAGGUGGACAAGGAGGGGAGGGAGGUGGGGGAGGACGAGGCUCGGGCCUGGUGUGAGGAGAACGGCUGUUGUCCCUACUUCGAGACCAGUGCUAAGGACGAUACUAACGUGGGAGUGGCGUUCGAGGCGGCGGUACGGGAGGUUCUGGCGGCGGAGGAUCAGAUCGACCACACGUUGUUGAGUAGCACUAUCGAUCUCCACGGCAACCGUAAAGUACGGCACUCUUCUUGCUGCUGAUUGGUUGAAAGGACUGGUCGGAGCUAGCCCCUCCCUGAGUCCUCUCUGUCUAGCCUGAGCACCCUGAGAGCCAUAGAGGUGUUCUGCUCUCCACUGAUCUCUAUGGUUACCUACAUGAUGCAGGGACAAGCUACUGAGACGAAGAAGAUAAAUCAGGUUAUCAACACAGCUGAUUUGAAAGAUUAUCAAUGAGGUUAAAUGUAACAGGUACACUAUGUUUUUCAACUCGGUCUGCUUUCAGCAGUAUAUCACAAAACUGCUCUCUACAUCCAUCCAGCCAGCUUCAGCUUCAUGUACCUGCCCUGUGCAGUGUUUUCACCAUAUAGGCCUAGCCCUCCUACAGAAGUCAUAUUAAUAUCCUUCCAGUUCUCCUCUCCAAGAGCGCAGGCUGCUUGUGGCACCGCAACAUUCUCAUCCAUUACUAUCUCUGUCUGUCUGCUAAGUCUUCUUAGGUUUCAUAGGUACUUUGACCAGAACGUGACUCUAUCACGCUGUCAUAUCUCAUUACAGUGGUUGGCUGACUGGUGGAAUAUAAUUUAAUAUAAUACAAUGAUAUAGACAUGGUCAGUUGGCUGACUGGUGGAAUAUAAUUUAUUAUCAACUGGGUGGUUCGAGCCCUGAAUGCUGAUUUGGCUGACAGCUGUGGUAUAUCAGACCGUAUACCACGGGUAUGACAAAACAUUUAUUUUUACUGCUCUAAUUACAUUGGUGACCAGUUUAUAAUAGCAAUAAGGCACCUCGAGGGUUUGUGGUAUAUGGCCAAUAUACCACGGCUAAGGGCUGUGUCCAGGCACUCCGCGUUGCGUCGUACAGAAGAAAAGCCCUUGGCUGUGGUAUAUUGGCCAUAUACCACACAUCCUCGGGCCUUAUUGAUUAAAUAUAAUACUGAUAUAGACAUGGUCUGUUGGCUGACUGGUGGAAUAUAAUACAAUCCACUGACAUAGACCUCCAAGCGAAACUGGACUUUAUCCAGUCCAGUUUAAAAACGGACAACAUUGAUUACACACAUUACUGAACCAGGGGAAAAUGUUUACUGCACAAAAAAGGAAUUUGAUUUUGUUUGAUUUUCUCCAAAGGGAAAGAUGUUUCUGUUCUGUCAUACCUGUUAACACUGGGUAAAUAUGAGGUAUUUGAGGGAUCCAGUAUUCUCUCCAAAUAUCCUAUAGGCUCUCUAGGUUUGUCUGAAUCUGAGAAAUGUUAGUCCUAUGUGUGAGAGUUGUAGGAGACGCCUGCUUUAAUUUAAUCCCUUACCUACUACGGUACGUACCUGCUUUGUGAGAUCCCUUUCAUUUUUCAGGUCUCUCGACACAUCAAUGUUAGGGAUAUAAUGUUCUUAGUCAAUGAAGCAUAUUUCUUAUAGAUGUGACAGGUUUUUGUUUGGCGUAUGGCAGAUCAAUUUUUCUUUUCAGAAGUUGAUUUAUGUUCUGAUAUUUACUGUGGGUUUUCUACCAUGUAACGUGUUUGGGUUGGUGUGUCACUAAGGAAGAGUGAUGAUGGUUUGUUUCCUCAGCCCUUCUGCCUUGCCUGUCUACCGCAUAGGCCCUGCUCUGGAACAUUCUAGGAUCUAGAUAGAACAUUGGGAAGUUGUAGAACCUUAUCGAAUCUAGGACAUUGGUAGCUCUAGAGUAUUCAAGUCAGAACAUUCUAGACAGAAUAUAUAAGAACAUUCCAGUCCUUAAUGUAAUACCAUAGACCCCCCCUCUACUCCUCUGAUCUGCCUUGUUGAUUUAAAGUCUUAUUUGAAUGUGAAACAACCUGAGCACAAAGGAAAAUAACUGUACCUUUUUAAUGUACAGAUUUUGCAUUUUAUAGUAGUAGUAGUAUGCCAUUUAGCAGACGCUUUUAUCCAAAGCGACUUACAGUCAUGCGUGCAUACAUUUUUGUGUAUGGGUGGUACCGGGGAUCGAACCCACUACCUUGGUGUUACAAGCGCCGUGCUCUACCAGCUGAGCUACAGAGGACCACCAUUUUCUCCUAUAGGUAUUGAUAAGAGGGACACAGUGUAUUCGGAAAGUAUUCAGACCCCUUGACUUUUUCCACAUUUUGUUAAGUUACAGCCAUAUUCUAAAAUUGAUUAAAUUGUUUUUUUUCCAUCAAUCUACACACACUACCCUAUAAUGACAAGGCAAAAACGGAAAUAUCACUUUUACAUAAGUAUUCAGACCCUUUACUCAGUACUUUGUUGAAGCACCCUUGGCAGUAAUUACAGCAUCGAGUCUUCUUGGGUAUGACACUACAAGCUUGGCACACCUGUAUUUGGGGAGUUUCUCCCAUUCUUCUCUGCAGAUCCCCUCAAGCUCUGUCAGGUUGGAUGGGGAGCGUCGCUGCACAUCUAUUUUCAGGUCUCUCCAGAGAUAAUAAUAUAAAAUAAUAAUAUGCCAUUUAGCAGACGCUUUUAUCCAAAGCGACUUACAGUCAUACAUUUUUGUGUAUGGGUGGUCCCGGGGAUCGAACCCACUACCUUGGCGUUACAAGUGCCGUGCUCUACCAGCUGAGCUACAGAGGACCACAUGUUGGAUCGGGUUCAAGUCCGGGCUAUUGCUGGGCCACUCAAGGACAUCCAGAGACUUGUCCCGAAGCCACUCCUGCAUUGGCUGUGUGCUUAGGGUCGUUGUCCUGUUGGAAGGUGAACCAGGCUCUGUCGUAGCCGGCCGCAACCGGGAGACCAAUGGGGCGGCGCACAAUUGGCCCAGCGUCGUCUAGGGUAGGGGAGGGAAUGGCCGGCAGGGAGGUAGCUCAGUUGUUAGAGCAUGGCGUUUGCAACGCCAGGGUUGUGGGUUCGAUUCCCACGGGGGGCCAGUAUAAAAAAUAAAUAAAAAAUGUGUGCACUAACUGUAAGUCGCUCUGGAUAAGAGCGUCUGCUAAAUGACGUAAAUGUAAUGUAAAUGUAACCUUCGCCCCAGUCUGAGGUCCUGAGCGCUCUGGAGCAGGUUUUCAUCAAGGAUCUCUCUGUACUUUGCUCCGUUCAUCUUUCCCUCGAUCCUGACUAGUCUCCCUGUCCCUGCCACUGAAAAACAUCCCCACAGCAUGAUGCUGCCACCACAAUGCUUCACCGUAGGGAUGGUGCCAGGUUUCCUCCAGAUGUGACGCUUGGCAUUCAAGCCAAAGAGUUUGGUUUCAUCAGACCAGAGAAUCUUAUUUCGCAAUAGUCUGAGAAUCCUUUAGGUGCCUUUUGGCAAACUCCAAGCGGGCUGUCAUGUGCCUUUUACUGAGGAGUGGCUUCUGUCUGGCCACUCUACCACAAAGGCCUGAUUGGUGGAGUGGGACCUUAUAUAGACAGCAUAUUAGGUCCCACUCCACCAAUACAUAGGUGGACUCCAAUCAAGCUGUAGAAACAUCUCAAGGAUGAUCAAUGGAAACAGGAUGCACCUGACCUCAAUUUUGAAUCUCAUAGCAAAGGGUCUGAAUACUUUAGGUAAUUUUUAAAAAUAAAUUUGCUAAAAUGUCUAAAAACCUGUUUUUGCUUCGUCAUUAUGGGGUAUUCUGUGUAGAUUGAGGAUAACCAAAAAAAAAUCUCCAUUUUGGAAUAAGGCUGUAACGUAACUAAAUGUGGAAAAUGUCAAGGGGUCUGAAUACUUUCCCAAUGUGCUGUAAGUGAACAUUGUCUUAAAAGCAUUAUGUUUGAGUACAUCAUGUUUGGCUUGUUAUGUUACAUACAGUGAGGGAAAAAAGUAUUUGAUCCCCUGCUGAUUUUGUACGUUUGCCCACUGACAAAGACAUGAUCAGUCUAUAAUUUUAAUGGUACGUUUAUUUGAACAGUGAGAGACAGAAUAACAACAAAAAAAUCCAGAAAAACUUUUUUUCCUCACUGUAAAUGUUUACCUAUGCUGGCCUACCUACACUGGAUUUGAAUGAUGUAGCCUAGAUCAAAUGAUCAGUUUGCUAAAUGUUGAUGACUUUGCUAAGCAGUUUGUUAUUUGAAGGAAAAUAGCAUUACUGAUGUUAUACAAUACUUCAGAUGCCUGAAUCCACAGAUAACACUUCAGCUGUCUCUGUUUCCAGUAUUUUACCUAGUCGUCAACAUGGUACUGUUGCUAUGCCUACCAAAUUCAUCAACCAAUGCAGUGUUGCAUUACUACUACUACAAUACAUUGUUCUUAUUUUGCAUGGAUGUGAAAUUCACUGAUUCAAGUUACAUUUUUAAAGUUAUGUUCGUGUGUAAUAGUCAUUUUUAGAUUGGUAAAAGUAAUCUGCUUCUCAAUUCAAAUGAAAUGACUGUCUGGUACAGCAGAGAGAGCCACUGUGAAAGAGCCAACUGUUCAAUGAAACUUUAGCACUGUGCUGUGUUCACGCUGAUCUCAUGGUACACCUGUAUCUAUUGAUGAUGUUGAUGAUUGUCAAUUUACUCAACCUGUGGUAUUUAGUUUAACAAAAUUACAAUUAGAAUGUUCCAGGUCAUGGUACGUAACAAAAUAAGUAUUAACUGAGAUGUGAAUGGCUUGUUUUAACAGUAAAAAAAAAUAUAUACCCGUGAUGUAUUUUACCCAAUGGAAAGUCAGACAUUCUACUGCUAUGUCUGUUAACAUACAGUUCUAGUCUUAUCUCACUCCCACUAUCCAAUGUUGAUGACCUGUUUUGUUUUUAAUCUAUAUGUUGAAUGAAUAAGAACAAUGUACUCAGUCAUGUUUCCUUUGGGCUUGCCACAGUGCACAAAGACAUGGUUAAUGUACAUUGUAAUCAUUUCAAUCCUCAAUACUGUACAAACUGACUGAAAUGUCAUUUUCAACCUUACCUAAGUGUUUGUUAGUCUGCUUUGACCUGAGUAAGAGGUGUAAAACUAACUACCAUACAGUUGUGAUGUAGGAAUAUACAGUGGGGGAAAAAAGUAUUUAGUCAGCCACCAAUUGUGCAAGUUCUCCCACUUAAAAAGAUGAGAGAGGCCUGUAAUUUUCAUCAUAGGUACACGUCAACUAUGACAGACAAAUUGAGAAAAGAAAAUCACAUUGUAGGAUUUUUAAUGAAUUUAUUUGCAAAUUAUGGUGGAAAAUAAGUAUUUGGUCAAUAACAAAAGUUUCUCAAUACUUUGUUAUAUACCCUUUGUUGGCAAUGAUACAGGUCAAACGUUUUCUGUAAGUCUUCAAGGUUUUCACACACUGUUGCUGGUAUUUUGGCCCAUUCCUCCAUGCAGAUCUCCUCUAGAGCAGUGAUGUUUUGGGGCUGUCGCUGGGCAACACAGACUUUCAACUCCCUCCAAAGAUGUUCUAUGGGGUUGAGAUCUGGAGACUGGCUAGGCCACUCCAGGACCUUGAAAUGCUUCUUACGAAACCACUCCUUCGUUGCCCGGGCGGUGUGUUUGGGAUCAUUGUCAUGCUGAAAGACCCAGCCACGUUUAAUCUUCAAUGCCCUUGCUGAUGGAAGGAGGUUUUCACUCAAUCUCACGAUACAUGGCCCCAUUCAUUCUUUCCUUUACACGGAUCAGUCGUCCUGGUCCCUUUGCACCAAAACAGCCCCAAAGCAUGAUGUUUCCACCCCCAUGCUUCACAGUAGGUAUGGUGUUCUUUGGAUGCAACUCAGCAUUCUUUGUCCUCCAAACACGACGAGUUGAGUUUUUACCAAAAAGUUCUAUUUUGGUUUCAUCUGACCAUAUGACAUUCUCCCAAUCCUCUUCUGGAUCAUCCAAAUGCACUCUAGCAAACUUCAGACGGGCCUGGACAUGUACUGGCUUAAGCAGGGGGACACGUCUGGCACUGCAGGAUUUGAGUCCCUGGCGGCGUAGUGUGUUACUGAUGGUAGGCUUUGUUACUUUGGUCCCAGCUCUCUGCAGGUCAUUCACUAGGUCCCCCCGUGUGGUUCUGGGAUUUUUGCUCACCGUUCUUGUGAUCAUUUUGACCCCACGGGGUGAGAUCUUGCGUGGAGCCCCAGAUUGAGGGAGAUUAUCAGUGGUCUUGUAUGUCUUCCAUUUCCUAAUAAUUGCUCCCACAGUUGAUUUCUUCAAACCAAGCUGCUUACCUAUUGCAGAUUCAGUCUUCCCAGCCUGGUGCAGGUCUACAAUUUUGUUUCUGGUGUCCUUUGACAGCUCUUUGGUCUUGGCCAUAGUGGAGUUUGGAGUGUGACUGUUUGAGGUUGUGGACAGGUGUCUUUUAUACUGAUAAGUUCAAACAGGUGCCAUUAAUACAGGUAACGAGUGGAGGACAGAGGAGCCUCUUAAAGAAGAAGUUACAGGUCUGUGAGAGCCAGAAAUCUUGCUUGUUUGUAGGUGACCAAAUACUUAUUUUCCAUCAUAAUUUGCAAAUAAAUUCAUAAAAAAUCCUACAAUGUGAUUUCUGGAUUUUUUUUCUCUCAAUUUGUCUGUCAUAGUCGACGUGUACCUAUGAUGAAAAUUACAGGCCUCUCUCAUCUUCUUAAGUGGGAGAACUUGCACAAUUGGUGGCUGACUAAAUACUUUUUUCCCCCACUGUACAUAUGUUUGCUUGUAAAUCCAACAUCAAGCCUUCCUUAAAACCUCUCUUCGUUGCCCUAUGGAGGUUAAGAUUGUCCCUUUCAAAGAGCUGCGUCCCAAAUGGCACCCAGUUACUACAGUACAUAGUGCACUACUUUUGACCAGAGCCCUAUGGCCCCACUAUAAAGGGAAUCGGCCCUAUGGCCCCACUAUAAAGGGAAUCGGCCCUAUGGCCCCACUAUAUAGGGAAUCGGCCCUAUGGCCCCACUAUAUAGGGAAUCGGCCCUAUGGCCCCACUAUAAAGGGAAUCGGCCCUAUGGCCCCACUAUAAAGGGAAUCGGCCCUAUGGCCCCACUAUAAAGGGAAUCGGCCCUAUGGCCCCACUAUAUAGGGAAUAGGGUUCCAUUUGGGAUGCAGACAUAUUGAUGUAGGUGUGAAUACUAUCCAAUACUGUACGACAACUAAUAAAACCAAACAUGCAACAUACCAAAUACAGGAACUGGCUUGUCCGUGGUUGGGGCUUCUUUUAGACUGUGCGCUCGAGUACGACUCUUUGGAAAGUACAUUGUUAGAAUCGGAUCAUAAAAAGGGAAAGUUACGGUAAACAUUGCAUAUUUUCUUUAUUUGGCCUAAAAAGCUAAACAUUUGAUAUGGUAACAUUUCAUAUUCUUCCCCUCAGAAGGACAUUUAAUUUUAAAAAAAUAUCAAGGCCAAAUAGGGUUCUUUGUCCAACACAUCUCCACUGUGUACAACUCAUAAGUCUUUUACUAUGAAUUUAAGCUUGAAUGCAAGUCUUGUAAACAUACAUCAAAAGGAACACACUUGAAACAACUUCAUAGUACUUCACAGCCUAUGUAUGGUUAGAGUGAGACCAUCUGUAUAUAAAUACAAAGAAUCUGUAUUUUAACAUGGAAUAAUAUCCUGACAAUAAAUCUGUCCUGGUCCUAAAAUGACUAGCUAGAUCCAAAGCAGGAGAAAGAAGUAUACUCUGCAGGAAUUUCAACAACAGCUCUCCAAACUAAACCACCCACUGGGCUAAGCAGACACAAGAAGGUUUGUGGGCUUAAAGACUAAGAAUAUAAAGCAAAUAUUAUUUUUUACAUUUUAGGAAGGAAUCUUUUGAGGGACAGCUUCCCAGACCCAGAUUAGUAGGCCAAGUCCUGGAUUAAAAAACAUGCUCAAUGGAGAUUCUCCACUGAAAGUGCUUUUAAAUCCAGGAUUAGGCUUAUUCUGGGUCCGGGAAACUGGCACUUCAAGUUUAAGGAUUCAGCGCCAACUGAUCGUUCUCAGGGGGUUACCAUGGAGGAAUGAGGGGGUCAGUCAGGAGGUAGACUAUCAGAUAUGAUGUGGGGGGCGUAAAGGGAGCGCAUUGUCCCUCCACUGUCCUUCCGGAGUCUCCCAAACAGCUCGUAGCUCUUCCUUUCUUUCUCUGACUGACUGUAUCUGUAUAGAGAUGAGAUGAGAGAGAACACCAUCAGUUCCAGGAGGACAUGGCCUACAAUAACACCAAGUUAUUGGUUCAGUGAGCUAUGCUUGUGUGAUGAAGCAGCCUAGUUUCCCGUGGCAGACUUCACAUAAAUGUCAAAUAAAUGCCACAUCGAGUAGCUGGCCAGGGCACACAAGGUUUUGUUCUGGGUUCUGACAAUAGUAGCCAAACCUUGGAGUAGCGUGGACGUCAUGGGUUCGAUAUCCGGUCGUGACAGAAACAGAGAAAACAACUUCUUUAAAAGGAUAGAUCUUUUAUUGCCAAACCAACAUAUCAUAAAACGCAAAGAAACAAACAGCCAGCCGUCAAUUCACAAAACCAACCUGUGCUGUUGGAUAAAGCUUCCACCCAAUUGGAUAACCUAUACUCACAGUAUGUUACAAGAUAUUUUGUUAGUUAGAGAUCCCAUCUUUUGUUUAAAUUGUCAUUAAGGUUAGUACAUUUACCUACAGUAAGUAGUAUGGUGUUAUACAAUAACUACUAAUAUCUUCUAGACAGCUACAGAGACAAAACUAUAUAAAAAGCUGCAUUGUUUUGCCUCUAUAACAGAACCUCAUACCUUGCGAACGAUACCAUAUAUACCGCCAGAAGGGAGAGCAAUAAUAACUCAAUGUAGUGCCAAACAGAGUCAAGCAUCUUCAGAGAUGUUUUAAACUUCUAAAUAACAUGAAGGUUGCUAAAAAAAAAAAAAAAGUAAGCACCUGUAACAACUUUACCAUGUCAACAUUAAAAACAGAGAAAUGAAGGACUUCUCCUGAUCCGUACCAACCAGAAGUCUGGCACACACACAAGAAAUGCUGCCCCUUUUCUCAGAUGAGAAAUCCCUUCAUUCAAACAAAUGUUAACCCUUUUUUCUUUCCAAGUCCCUUCACAGGAUCCAUCCCCUCCAAUAGAUGGGGCGUUAUGCAGCAGUGGGUCCAUCACAGAAGGGUUGUAUUCAGGCCAUUGAGAGAAGCCUUCAGCCUUUCUCCUGUCUUUGUCAUGAAGACCCUCUCCUUCUGACAUUCAAUCUGACCCUUGCCACAGACCAAGGUCCCUAUAGUAACAAAGGGGACUUGUCACACAGACCCCCCUUCCUCCCCCCCGGCCGGGGCAGGUGGACCCUUGGAACCCCCUCUGAUUGGUUAGUUUUCUAAGAAGUCCUAAGCGGGGCGGCCUCCAUUGUUGAGGCCUUUCUGCUGCCCGUGAGAAAAGGCCCUGAGGUCAGAGAGAAGAACUGCAAACACACACUUGUCUGGCACCAUGGCAACCAGAUGUGAGGGAUGGUACCCAUGGUAACCGAUUAUAAUCCCAUAGCUUAAAGUAGGCAAGUACCCUAACCAUAAAUCAGCAUGACAUUUAUAACUGAAGACGUUUGUAAAAUAAAAUGAUAUUUGUUAUGUUACCAAAGUUACUAGUUAGGUUUUCCAUGUGAUUUAUGUUUUAAAAAAGUGAAGAAAGAUAAAACAUGGAGUGUACGCAAGGCACACUAACUGCAGUAUAUGAGGAACAUUACAUUCAUCUUUACAAACACAUGAUCAAAUACACAUGGAGAACAACAACAACAAUACAGAAGACUUUAACUUGAAGAUUCAGAGCAAACUAAAUAUAACAUGAGAAGAACAGUGUGACAAAGCAGCAGACAAAGGUAGUAGUUGUCUGUGUUUCUCAACACUUCCACUAAACCACCCAUUGUGCUAUGAAGUACACAGUACAGGGAAAGGCUGGUGGGUCGUGAAGGGAAAAUGGAAAGAAUAUGAAUCGUUCAAGGAAUCAAUCAGUAAAGUUCAAAGAAUCAACUCCACCGGUGGUGUUGAGGAUAGGUAGAGGGGUGUCAGGGAGUCAUAGUGUCUCCUCUGGGUGUCUCGGUGUCGGAUCGAGAGACAGGAGGGAGGAGGUGGAGAGUUUAACACCGCGUGCCGAUGCCCUUUCUCCCCAGGUACCGCAGCAACGCAAAGUUAUAAGUGGUGGACACCAUGUAGGUGAGCUAGAGAGAGAGAGCGACAGCGAGAGAGCGAGAGAGAGAAACAGGGAAAGAAAGAGCAUAGACCAAAAAGAGAGAGAGAGAGAGAGAGAGAUAAGACAGAAUUUCGAGCCCCAUUUCAUGCACCUAUUAUGUUCAUCAAGGUCCAUGACAAUCUACCGUAGGCUACAUUAACAGUGUACUGAUAUGGCAAUGUAACUAUGGGAUCUUCCCAGCAGGAAAAGUACAAGACGUUAUGACAUUUUUAUGGUGAUUCUAUCAUUAUAAAUCAGCUGAGAACUCAAGUCAAAGAACAGAGCUACAGUGAGACUCAUCAGCCAUGGAGGCCUGACAUUCUGGCAUUCCUGAACACCUACACUGACUACGUCACAUGGGACACAACUCUAUUGUAAAGCUUUAGCCAAUCUGGUCCCAGUUAAGAGGUUAGGACAGGGUCACUCACCAGAGCCAAGAGUGUGAUGCCAGCCCCGGCGAACGCUGCGAUGUACAGGUCAUAGGUCACACGGAACUGUAAAAGGACAAAUCAGAGUCAGAGAUGAGUCAGACGUUAACAUUCUAGACUCUGGAGACGCUUUGUUUUUAACGUGUCCUGCCAAGUUCCAUCACGAGAGACUGUAUUACUGACCUCUCUGGUUUUGCAGACAGUGGACAGUGUCAUUCCACAAGCUUUGCCUGGCAUCGCAUUCCAUGGUAGGAGCCCUGAAAGAGAUGAAAAAUACAUACACAUUUCUGAUUCUCUGCUAUAAAAUUUCUGCUUUCACAGUUGGUAAUGUCUCUCCAAAUGUCUGCAGAGUAGAUUUGAAUUAAUUGAGCACUGAGUCCACAUGAAUGAUUAGGUCGUAUAGACCAGGGUUUCCCAAACUGGUACGGUAAGGUACGGUAUGUUCUGGUACGGUACGGUAUAUUCUGGUACGGUAAGGUCUGGUAAGGUACGGUACAGUAUGGUCUGGCACAGUAAGGUACGGUAUGGUCUGGCACAGUAUGGUACGGUAUGGUCUGGCACGGUAUGGUCUGGUACAGUAUGGUCUGGCACAGUAUGGUCUGGCACAGUAAGGUACGGUAUGGUCUGGCACAGUAUGGUCUGGCACAGUAAGGUACGGUAUGGUCUGGCACAGUAAGGUUUGGCACAGUAAGGUACGGUAUGGUCUGGCACAGUAUGGUCUGGUACAGUAAGGUACGGUAUGGUCUGGCACAGUAUGGUCUGGUACAGUAUGGUCUGGUACGGUAUGGUCUGGCACAGUAAGGUACGGUAUGGUCUGGCACAGUAUGGUCUGGCACAGUAUGGUCUGGCACAGUAAGGUACGGUAUGGUCUGGCACAGUAUGGUCUGGCACAGUAUGGUCUGGUACGGUAUGGUCUGGCACAGUAUGGUCUGGCACAGUAUGGUCUGGCACAGUAAGGUCUGGUACGGUAUGGUCUGGCACAGUAUGGUCUGGUACGGUAUGGUCUGGCACAGUAAGGUACGGUAUGGUCUGGCACAGUAAGGUACGGUAUGGUACGGUAUGGUCUGGUACGGUAUGGUACGGUACGGUCUGGUAAGGUAUGGUCUGGCCCGGUCUGGUAUGGUAAGGUCUAGUACGGUUUGGUAAGGUACGGUAUGGUCUGGUAAGGUACGGUGUCCCAGCAAAAUAAAUAGUGGGUGUACGCCUUACUGGUAAAACGUGAGCCUAUCACAAUUAACACAAAUUGCCAAGAAAAAUAUAGGCCAUUAUUUAACAUUACCGCACGUUAGCUGCAUGAAAUGAGCGAAUUGCGUUGUAGUUCGACGAGAACACCUUUUGCCAAGGCGGAGAUGAGUGGCCGGGACCGAGGAGCGCAAAGUCAACGGUGGAUGCAUCAAUUCAGGCUACAAGUGGAGGCCUAAUGACAAUCGCAGAAUGUCAUUAUAAUACACCUAGGUGUUUUGUAACAGAUGUCUCUUUCCAUUAAUCAAAUUGCAGGUGCACAGUGCACUGUUGGGGUUUGGAUGAUGGAAUUAUUUUGUGAGUGGAUGAACAUGUGCGGGUUGCCUACAGGAGCGCCUUUUUGAAGUGAUUGUUUGACAAUCAGAUGAAAACAUGACUGGUUGUGUUAAUGCCACAUAAAAGGUCAUACCUGUUAAACAGGGUAUGACCAAUCUUUACUAGGCCCACAGAGAUCAUACAGUGCAUUUGGAAAGUAUUCAGACCACUUGACUUUUUCCACCUUUUGUUAUGUUACAGCCUUAUUCUAAAAUGGAUAAAAUUGUUUUUUCCCCUCAACAAUCUACACAGAAUACCCCAUAAUGAUAAAGCAAAAACAGGUUUUUAGAAUUUUUAGCAAAUGUAUUAAAAAUAAAAAACUUAAAUAAUACAUUUACAUAAGUAUUCAGAGCCUUUACUCAGUACUUUGUUGAAGCACCGUUGGCAGCGAUUACAGCCUCAAGUCUUCUUGGGUAUGACGCUUCAAGCUUGGCACACCUGUAUUUGGGGAGUUUCUCUCUGCAGAGCCUCUCAAGCCCUGUCAGGUUGGAUGGGGAGCGUUGCUGCGCAGCUAUUUUCAGGUCUUUCCAGAGAUGUUCGAUUGGGUUCAAGUCCAGGCCACUCAAGGACAUUCAGUCCUGUUGGUAGGUGAACCUUCGCCCCAGUCUGAGGUCCUGAGCGCUCUGGAGCAGGUUUUCAUCAAGGAUCUCUCUGUACUUUGCUCCGUUCAUCUUUCCCUCGAUCCUGACUAGUCUCCCAGUCCCUGCCGCUGAAAAACAUCCCCACAGCAUGAUGCUGCCACCACCAUGCUUCACCGUAGGGAUGGUGCCAGGUUUCCUCCAGAGGUGAUGCUUGUCAUUCAGGCCAAAGAGUUCAAUCUUGGUUUCAUCAGACCAGAGAAUCUUGUUUCUCAUGGUCUCAGAGUCCUUUAGGUGCCCUUUGGCAAACUCCAAGCUGGAUGUCAUGUGCCUUUUAUUGAGGAGUGGCUUCUGUCUUGCCACUCUACCAUAAAGGCCUGAUUGGUGGAGUGCUGCAGAGAUGGUUGUCCUUCUGGAAGGUUCUCCCAUUUCCACAGAGGAACUCUGGAGCGCUGUCAGAGUGACCAUCGGGUUCUUGGUCACCUCCCUGACCAAGGCCCUUCUCCCCCGAUUGCUCAGUUUGGCCGGGCGGCCAGCUCUAGGAAGGGUCUUGGUGGUUCCAAGCUUCUUCCAUUUAAGAAUGAUGGAGGCCACUGUGUUCUUGGGGACCUUCAAUGCUGCAGACAUUUUUUGGUACCCUUCCCCAGAUCUGUGCCUCGACACAAUCCUGUCUUGGAGCUCUACGGGCAAUUCCUUCGACCUCAUGGCUUUGUUUUUGCUCUGACAUGCACUGUCAACUGUGGGACCUUAUAUAGACAGGUGUGUGCCUUUCCAAAUCAUGUCCAAUCAAUUGAAUUUACCACAGGUGGACUCCAAUCAAGUUGUAGAGACAGCUCAAGGAUGAUCAAUGGAAACAGGAUGCACCUGAGCUCAAUUUCGAGUCUCAUAGCAAAGGGUCUGAAUACUUAUGUAAAUGUGACAUUUCUGUUUUUUAUUUGUAAUACAUUUGCAAAAUUUUCUAAAAACCUGUUUUGGAUUUGUAAUUAUGGGGUAUUGUGUAUAGAUUGAUGAGGGGUAAAAACAAUUGUAUCCAUUUUUGAAUAAGGCUGUAACGUAACAAAGUGUGGAAAAAGUCAAGGGGUCUGAAUACUUUCCCGAAUGCACUGUAUGUUACAAUAUGAUUGAACAUAAUGGAUCAUAUAGAGAACUACAGUGAUGUUUUCUUUCCUUACCAUACUGCCUGGCAUCGAUACAAAGCUGGUUGAUGCUAGCUGGGGUCUCAGUCAGGACGGUGAUGGUGUGGCAGGUAGCGGCCAUGUUGUAGAAGAAGUAGACAGGCAAGGCAGAGAAGGCAAACACCAACAGCCACACCACUGCCAGCAGGUACGUUAUCAAUAUAAACUGAAGAUGAAGGGAGAGAGAUGAAUGUUUAGGCUAAAAAUAAUUACUUUCACAGUUUUGUUGAGCUCUCAUCUCCACCCUCAACCUUACUCUCUUACCUCUAUCCAACUGGCCUCACACCCCACUCUACCUUCACCCCAUCCUCUCAACUACCUCCUCCUCCCCCACUCUACCUUCACCCCAUCCUCUCACUAACCUCCUCCUCCUCCCCCACUCUAAACCUUCACACCCAUCCCUCAACUACCUCCAAAUACCAAAUACCUCACCCCACUCUACCUUCACCCCAUCCUCUCAACCUACAUCCUCACCCCCCAACCUAACCCAUACUUCAACUACCCUACCCCCACUACCUCACCACAUCCUCUCAACUACCUCCUCACCCCCACUCCACCUCACCCACAUCCUCUCAACUACCUCCCCUCCUCCCCCCCACUUCAACCCUUCACCCCAAUCCUCUCAACUACCUCCUCACCCCCACUCUACCUUCACCCCACCCUGUUACCAUCACACCUCCACCCCACCCUAUUACCAUCACACCACCACCCUGUUACCAUCACACCUCCACCCCACCCUGUUACCAUCACACCUCCACCCUGUUACCAUCACACCUCCACCCCACCCUGUUACCAUCACACCUCCACCCUGUUACCAUCACACCUCCACCCUGUUACCAUCACACCUCCACCCUGUUACCAUCACACCUCCACCCCACCCUGUUACCAUUACACCUCCACUCCACCAUUGCCCCCACUCUCUCACCGUGCUACUAAGACAGCGUCCACACAGGGUGCUCCUGAACUCUCCAAAGGUCUGCUUGGCGGCGCUGGUGGUGUAGAAUCCCUCCGCCAGCAGUACGAUGCAGUAGAGGAAGAAGAAUGACGCCAAGCCAUAGAUAACAUACUGGAAGUACUGGAUACUAUAGAGAAAGAGGAGAGGAGGAGGAGGAGGGGAAGAGGAGGAGAGGCAGGAGGAGGGAGAGGAAGAGGAGGAAGAGGAGAGGCAGGAGGAGGAGGGAGAGGAAGAGGAGAGGCAGGAAGAGGAGGAAGAGGAUAAGGAGAGGCAGGAGGAGAAGGGGCAGGAGAAGUGGAGGGAGGGGGAAGUAUUAGGACACAUCACUACAGUAGGUCUAUUACAUUUACAUCAUUUAGCAGACGCUCUUAUCUAGAGCCACUUACAAAUUGGUGCAUUCAACUUAUGUCUAUGAGGUCUACCAUUAACAUGAUUGGUCUACCGUUAACAUGAGGUCUACCAUUAACAUGAGGUCUACCGUUAACAUGAGGUCUACCGUUAACAUGAGGUCUACCAUUAACAUGAGGUCUACCAUUAACAUGAGGUCUACCAUUAACAUGAGGUCUACCAUUAACAUGAGGUCUACCGUUAACAUGAGGUCUACCAUUAACAUGAGGUCUACCGUUAACAUGAGGUCUACCGUUAACAUGAGGUCUACCGUUAACAUGAGGUCUACCAUUAACAUGAGGUCUACCAUUAACAUGAGGUCUACCGUUAACAUGAGGUCUACCGUUAACAUGAGGUCUACCAUUAACAUGAGGUCUACCGUUAACAUGAGGUCUACCGUUUAGCUCAAUAUACUUAUACAGUAGUCUUAGAGGACAUCUAAACCAGAGGUGGCCAAUCCUGGUCCUGGAUCGCCAAAACAAUUGAGGUUUUUGUUCCAGCCCAGCUUUAACAAAGCCUUCUAAGUCUUGGCCACCACUUUUCUAAUCAGUUGCAGGUAUUCCUAGGGGGUAGGUUUGGGAUAAAGCAAUAGCCUUUGAGCCACUCACAGGUAGGCCAGGGUAAUGUAGUCCUGUAGGUUACGGGCGAAGUAUGUCUCGAUGAGUCUCUCCGUCUCAGUGAGGGCCUGGUGACCACAGCCACAGAACAGAGCUAUCCCUGAGAAACACAGCAGAGUGGCCACCAGGGAGCAAUAG